GAGAUCUUCUGGAGCCUUGUUCGGAGCGGAGAAAAAAUGUUCCGUCGACACUUCGAAAAUCGAGCUUCAGCGCUACUUCGAUUCCUCUGCCUGGUUCUCGACAUCCUCCCCUCGUCGUCCAGAAUCGUAGAUCGGUGUGAAGUUGCACGAACCAUAAGGAAUCAUAGUACGAUCAAGGAAGCGUGGAACAUAAAGCAACUCGUGUGCAUAGCGGACCAGGUGAGCAAAUUCAACACCAGCGCUGAAGUAACACGGCUCAAUAGUCAGAGAUCAGUGGGGAUUUACCAGAUUCCGAGUCGUUUUUACUGCCGCGACCAACUUCCGGCGGAGGGUCAGGCAGGUCUCUGUCAUAAGUUGUGCGGGAGUUAUCUCGACGACAACAUCGUCGAUGACGUCCGCUGCGCUGCAAUCGCCUACAAGCGAGCAGGUUUUCGCUUCUGGAAAGUUUGGUAUCAUCAAUGCUACCUGAACAAGGAAAUCAACAGUUACAUCGAAGGCUGUGAUAUGAAUUAA